GCGGACCCGGGGCACGAGCAGGAGGAGGAUUACCGCUACGAGGUGCUCACGGCCGAGCAGAUUCUGCAACACAUGGUGGAAUGUAUCCGGGAGGUCAACGAGGUCAUCCAGAAUCCAGCAACUAUCACAAGAAUACUCCUUAGCCACUUCAAUUGGGAUAAAGAGAAGCUAAUGGAAAGGUACUUUGAUGGAAACCUGGAGAAGCUCUUUGCUGAGUGUCAUGUAAUUAAUCCAAGUAAAAAGUCUCGAACACGCCAGAUGAAUACAAGGUCAUCAGCACAGGAUAUGCCUUGUCAGAUCUGCUACUUGAACUACCCUAACUCGUACUUCACUGGCCUUGAAUGUGGACAUAAGUUUUGUAUGCAGUGCUGGAGCGAAUAUUUAACUACUAAAAUAAUGGAAGAAGGCAUGGGACAGACUAUUUCGUGUCCUGCUCAUGGUUGUGAUAUCUUAGUGGAUGACAACACAGUUAUGCGCCUGAUCACAGAUUCAAAAGUUAAAUUAAAGUACCAGCAUUUAAUAACAAAUAGCUUUGUAGAGUGCAAUCGACUGUUAAAGUGGUGUCCUGCCCCAGAUUGCCACCAUGUUGUUAAAGUCCAAUAUCCUGACGCUAAACCUGUUCGCUGCAAAUGUGGACGCCAGUUUUGCUUUAACUGUGGAGAAAAUUGGCAUGACCCUGUUAAAUGUAAGUGGUUGAAGAAGUGGAUUAAAAAGUGUGAUGAUGACAGUGAAACCUCUAAUUGGAUUGCAGCCAACACAAAGGAAUGUCCCAAAUGCCAUGUCACAAUUGAGAAGGAUGGCGGUUGUAAUCACAUGGUCUGUCGUAACCAGAACUGUAAAGCAGAGUUUUGCUGGGUGUGUCUUGGCCCUUGGGAACCACAUGGAUCUGCAUGGUACAACUGUAACCGCUAUAACGAGGAUGACGCAAAGGCAGCGAGAGACGCACAGGAGCGAUCUAGGGCAGCCCUGCAGAGGUACCUGUUCUACUGUAACCGCUACAUGAACCACAUGCAGAGUCUGCGCUUCGAGCACAAACUGUAUGCACAGGUGAAGCAGAAGAUGGAGGAGAUGCAGCAGCACAACAUGUCCUGGAUCGAGGUGCAGUUCCUGAAGAAAGCAGUUGACGUCCUCUGCCAGUGCCGUGCCACACUCAUGUACACCUAUGUCUUCGCUUUCUACCUCAAAAAGAAUAACCAGUCCAUUAUCUUUGAGAAUAACCAAGCAGAUCUAGAGAAUGCCACAGAGGUGCUCUCGGGCUACCUCGAACGAGAUAUUUCCCAGGACUCUCUGCAGGACAUAAAGCAGAAAGUACAAGACAAGUACAGAUACUGUGAGAGUCGACGAAGGGUUUUGUUACAGCAUGUGCAUGAAGGCUAUGAAAAGGAUCUGUGGGAGUACAUUGAGGACUGAGAAUGGCCCUGCAUAAAAUGAACUCUGAAAACUUUACCAUCUAGAGUGCUCAUGCAGUUAAAACAAACAAAACAAAACAAACACACACACGGGGGCACUAAGCCUGUUCUGGCGCCGCUGGUCUGUAGUGCCAGGCUUCUCUUUUGUUAACGGAAAGUUUAAGUAAAUUAUAUUGUAAUAAAAAAAGGUAGAUAAACCAUUGUACAACAGUAUUCUAGGCCGCCAACAAAAGUGUGACAGACACACUAAAAGCCCUCCAACUUUAACUUGUAACGUAGCUUCAUUCUCAAAGCUGACUUUUUUUUCUUUUUCUUUUCCCUGAGUGUAGUACAGUUAAAAUUCAAAACAGCUCCUUGACACUGCUUUUCAUGUCCUACCCAGCCAUUUUGUUGUACUUUGGUAAAGGACCUCUUCCCCUUCCUCCCCACACAUACAGACACACCCACACACACAGACCGACUCUUUCUCUCAUACCCCAAGGUCAUGAGUGAAUGAUGAUUAGUUUCUUGUAAAGAAAAUUCUUGGGGCUGGGAAGGGGGUAGGCAGAAAGAGGAAGUAAACAAACAAACAAAAAAACAAAAAAACUUUGUAUAUGACUUUUAAAACAAGAGGACAACACAGUAUUUUUCAAAGUUGUAUAUAGCGCAUAUGCAUGGACAGAGCAAGCGUGGCACGUGUUUGCAUAAUGUUUAAUUACAGAAAUAUUUAUUCUUUAAAAAUCUUCAAGAUUAUGUCUAUUUGCUGUGCAUUUUCUUUCAGUUUGCUUUAUCUUUCCAGGGUUGAGGGUUGGGGUAAAAGGUGUGUUGGUUUAGCACCUCUGGAAGACCUAACUAGAGCUCUUUGAUUUCCCUUUCCUGAGCUUACUUUGCCCUCUCUGGUUUUAUGUCUGUUGCUGGCCAUAGGCCUCAUGCCCUGAAUUCCCAGCCCUGGUCAGGGACAGGGAGGUCAAGCCCUGAGUCUGAGUGAAUGCCGUGGCCUGAUAAGGGCUGCAGUAGGGAGCUUUGUUCCUGCAGUGCAAGAGUGGCCCAGCCCCAGCCUCCUCCCCUGCCGGCCUCAUGCCUGUGUGCCCUUGGCACGCGCGCAGCUGAAGGCUUCCUGGGCUUCCCGUCACAUCCAGAGGAAGCAUUUCAGUUUUUUCCCCCUUAAUUGCUGCUUUGAGCCCUUUAAGGUUUUAGUUACGGCUCUUCUCUCAUCCCUCCUUACGUUAGGGUGUCAAAUAGAGUGUUUUUGCUUCAAAUAUAAAUAUAAACAAAUAGCCAUUCACUUAGUUUCAGAUUGUGAGUUAAAAACGGCAGGUACUGCGAUUGCUUGUGUGUGUUGCUGUGGGUUCGGUUUGAAGGCAGACACCCCUAGAACUUGAUACGGCCAUCUAGUGCAUUUCAGUGGAGGCCACUGAGGUUGCUGCUUUUCUGUUGUCAGCAGAUAGGAGAACUAGUAAUGCGUUCUAGCUGUGCAGUCCAUUUGUAUGAAAUUUCUCCUAAGAGCUAUGUUAAAAGUGAAGGGUGGUGGUGGUUUUAUUAACUGUGUAUCUGUGUAGGCCAUUCUGGCUGUGGUAUUUUUCAACAGGUCAGCAUCCCUGAACCUAUCCGUUUUAUACAGGAGUGCGGAGGGAAGCAGGCAACUCAAGUAAGAGGUCUUCACACUAAAUAGCAGUUCUGGCUGAUGGACCUCUUCGUCUUCCUCUCAGUGUCCUGCGUCUGGGGAGUGUUUACCGCUUGUGAGGCGGCCUUGCCUGCUCUCGCAUCGUACAUCUUACUGCUCCAUUGGGAAGUGGGUUCGCUUUCCUCUGGCCUUUUGCCUAAGUUAGGCUUUGCUGAAUCAACCCUACUUUUCCUUUUAGAAAAGGUUGUUACAUGAGAUGUACUUGCAACUGUUUUUUUCCCAUCAGAAAUCAGUGAAUGUUUGCUGAGUAUAUUAUGCUGCUUCCUUGAACCACGUGUUGCUUUAGGAUCAACUUUACCUGUACUUUUAUCUUCCCCUCCCUUGCCUCCUCACGUGCGAAUCUGGACUCUGUCUGCUUCCUCCGUAUUCUCCUCUCCCCUUUCCCUGUCAUCCAUUUGACUUUCUUUUAAAUGACUGCAUCAAUCUUAAAACGUUUAUCGAAACUGAGAAGUUUUUAUUGUUCUUGUUGUUUUAAAAGGCUUGAAUAAGUUCCUUUCCCUGGUAACUUUGAAAAGCAGCCAGAGUUGCUAUCUAGAUGUAUGUGGUUCCCUUAAAAUGUUCUGUGUAUGUGUGGUGUUUUUAAAAAGUCUUGCCAGUUAACUGCAGUAUGUAGGUUUGAGUGUCAUAAAUCCUCUUUACGUGCUCCCCUUGCAAUGAGCAUCCAAAACAGUGUGCACACUUCCUAGUGUCGGGCCCCACCCAUGGAGGGACAGUGCUUUGUAGGGCUGCUUUCUAGUUUCAGUGCUGACGUAUUACCUGAGGGCAUUGCAGUUGUGGGUGCAUUCCCUAAUUUGUAGGGAUCAAGGUGAACUGGCCUUUUCUACUUCCAAACUUGCAACAGCUAUCUCCGUCUUUGACAGAAUUCCCUGAGUUAAUUUCUUUCACUGUUAGUAACUUCAGUGACCCCAACUGGGAUAGGCAAGCCACACUGUGUAAGAGCUCCCCUGUGUCACCUCUGUCCGAGGGCUCUAUUCAUGGUUGGCACCAGGUCUCCCUGUCUUCUUGAGGGCAGCUACACUGUCUUCCGAGAAGUGCAUGCUUCAUUUGAGCAAUUCAUUGAGCAGCAGAUGGACUUUAAAUGACUUACAAUAAAAAUGUUGAUCCAAAGCUCAGGACACAAACCACAGUGGUAAAACUGAGUAGCAUAUACUAUCAGACUCUAAAUUCUGUGUAAUCUGCUGCGACCCAGAUCGUGUUUUAUGUGUAUUUAAAUAAAUAUGUUAAAUACACAUGUGUAUACAUACACACGCAUAUAACAGAUCCAAGACUGACUGGAUUUGAAAUGGUUGAAUCAGCAGUGUAAAAUGUGGUUCAACCAUGAUGAGGAACUGAAAUUUAACUUUAAGAGAGAAAAGGACUUGAUGUAACAAAUUCUUUUAGCUACAAAUCCCGGUGUAGAGCACUUGGGGGAUGGGGGGGGCGGGUUGGUGAGACAAUCAGAUCGGUAAAUUGAUUAAAUGCUCCUAACCCUGUAAUUUUGUGCAUAGAGCACCCUGUGCUGUGGAAAUAACUGUUCUUAGAUUUUCAUUGUAACUGGACUGUUCAGGUUGCCCAGAGGGAAAGAACAUUCCUAAUUCUAAUAAAAUAAACUUUUAUUUUGUUAUUCCAUUAGUUACUUAUGUUUAUUUUUAUAGUUUAUUUUUUAAAAAAUGGGUGGCCCAAGUCACCUGUAUUAUGUGCCUUAUUCACUGUUCCUAUGUAACAUAAAAUGUCAAGAUUUGGUUCCGUUUCUUUGCAGGGAACUGUGAAUGAGACUAUCCCUAGCAAUUAACUUAGCUAAUGAAGCCUUUAGAGCAUUUUCUGGAAGCUUUCCAGAAUGUGUCUUGUACAUUGACCUUAGAAUGCUGUUCAUGUUGUAACAGUGAUAUUACUCAGUACAUCUGUCAAUUUUUAAAGCUAAAAUACUUAAAGAGUCAUUUUCAACCUUAAAACUCCUUCACCAUACUUCCAUUUAGCUCACUCUUCGAAACUGAUAUAUUCCAUAGGGAUGGAGGGAGAGCUGUCUUAAAGAAGGUCCCAAAGUUGAGGUCUGUCACUGAUACUCUAGCCAAGUCCAGAUUUCAGGAAAAUUUAAUUUUGUCUUAUUUGUAUCUUCGAAGCACUUUAACUUGUAUUAUUUGUUUAAAGCAAGUGGGGUAGAAAUUACUCUGUUUAACAAAAGGAAAUAAGGUUCAACAAGGUUGAGUAACUUGCCUAAGAUCUCACAGUUUCUCCUGUCUGGAACGCAAGCUUUCUUCUAGCUGAUCAAUGUCAUACUACCUCUUUGUAUCGUGUUUUCUUCAUCUGAUUUCAGAAAGACCUAGCAUUCAGUACCAGGAAAGGUGGUUCUUAGCUAUAGUGUUGUACUUUUAAACCACAUGGAAGACUGUGUAAAAAUCUGUCAGUACUACUGUUAGAGGAAUGCUGUAUAGUUUCUCUGAUCUUUAAUUUGCAGUGGCAGAGUUUGCAACUAAUACGGCUCUGUUUUGCCUAAUCAUAGAAAUCAGCCAUGGGUAGAAGACUAACCCUUGUCAUCUUGGUGACUGGGACAGGUGUCAAGAGAAGACUGUCACGUGUGAGGGUUGAGAGUAAACGGUUUAGCACCAUUUGAUUUGAUAAACAGUGGCCAAGUAAUUUGCACUUGUUGGUCUAGUUAUUUGUUCAACUGAAUUCCCAAUGUAAAGGAUUUUGGGUAGUCUGUUAGAACUUGUUACAGAAUUUGUUUUAUGACUGAAAGUGCGCAGAACAGCCCAUAUUCAUCUGUUCUCAGCAUUUCUCUUUGGACUGGAGGACCUGCGGGACUUUCAGAAGACUAGGUAGUGAGCAUUAGGGGUAAGUUUUGGCUCCUUCAGAAACAGAAAAACGUGUGGACCUCUCAGACUUUUUCAGGUUUCUUUGGGGGUGAAGUUGGUGUAUUUUUGGUUCAUUUUAAGGAAUUUGUUUCUCCGCUUAAUUACACAAGAUGUUAACUAGCUAAUUGGAAAUGCUCAACUUGAAAUAAUCAAAUGGUGCCCACUGUAGGAGGAGAGGCGUCUGUGGUUGGUCUUUCCCCAAGCAGUAGCAUUUAGGAAAAUAAUGCAUUCUUUCAAAAAGCAAUUUUCAGACUGAGUGAACUAUAGAUGUGCUUGUUUAGGGCCAUUUUCAGAGUGGGAGAAAAUUAGUAAAUAAAUUAGUCACACGUUGAUAAUGUGGCAGCUGUAACAACGCCAAAAGCACAACUUGAGGACCGCAGCAAUCCGGGGCUUCAGGUAGUGCAGGAGUCUCAAACUCAGGUGCCUGCGAGAGCCAGGGCUGUGCUUCACUGGGCCCCUGGGCCGAGUGGGUGCUGAGAGGGGCCUGUCAGACACUUGACAUGAAUUCUCCGAAUUUUGGAAUGUCGGUCAUUAAUUUAAAAUACUUUGAAGUGUGGGUCAAACCAAAAACUGCACCUGGGCCGUAUUAUUCUCCAACUUUGGUCGCAACUUAGUGUUGCUGUUCAUCUUACACACUGAAAUCGCCGAGAAGUUUCAGAAGGGAAAAACGAGCUAUGCCCGAGUCCCACCCCAUAGAGAGGAUGAUCUAAUUGCUUGGGAUGUGCCCCGGCCGUCAGUGUCUUUAGAGCCCUCUCCCUACCCCCAACCCUGAUGCUUGCGCACUGCAACUCGAGACCUACAGUAAGGCUGAGACCAUUCAUCCAGGCACUUGCAUGGUUUGAAAGAGGAAUGUAGCUGAGUACUCUAGGUCGUAAGGGACAAUAAGACUUGUGGCAAAUUCACAAGCUCAGAGAGGAGCCACACUGUAGGCCCCAGCUGAGGGGGGUCUCGUGGAACCAUAUUUCCUAAGGGUCUAGUGUAAAGUGCCCAAUUUAUUUUUUGUCAUUUUUUUGGUAAGUGGCCCACCUUGGAGAAAAUAAUUAAGUUCAUAAAGCCCAAAGAACUGUUGAACUGACAAGCUGAGUAGAAUUUUCCCAUCAGCUGGUAAUCUCUUCUCUUACCAAGGGAGAGAACUAUCUGGAAGUAAAUAAGUGUAGAGUCUGAGCAAAGAUGGUUGAAUGGUUAUUUGUGUCAAGUCAAUGCACAGUUCCACUUAAUCACUUAAGUUCAGAGCACUUGAACAUUUCUCGCUGUCACUUUCAUUCUUUUCCCGACCUUGUAUGUUAAAACAGUGGAUUUGCCUGUUUUUAUUCCCAGUGUAGUUGAUGUGGUGGAAAGAAGAAAGAAUAUCAGUAUUUCUCAGCCAUAGUUUUCCCUUCUGUAAAAUGGGGAUACCAACAGGAGCUAUAGUUUGUUAAGUGCUUCUCGCCAGAUGCCUUACUCAUGUUAUUUGUGUCUUCUAAGCAGCCCUAAAACAAAGUGGGCAUUGCCACCCUAUUUUAUAAAUGAGAAAGCAAGUUUAUGGACUAUUAAGUCAAAAUUUACAGAGAGGUUAUGGUGGGGCCGUGCCUGUCUGAUGCCAUGUAUUUAGUCCAUCAUGUUACAUUGUCUUCUAUAGGAGUAUUGUGAGGAUCAAAGAAAAUGGGAAGGACAAAGCCUAGAUACAAAUAAUGUGCAUACUAAUCCUAACUUAGGCAAAAUUAAUACGGAUACAAAGCUGUCUCAGACUCCCAAAGGCAGGAUGAGAUUGGAUCCAGGAACUAGAAACCCAUUUUGGACUCCUAAACUGGCAUUGUCGGUCGUCUGUGCAUCCACAUCAUUCUAAUGGCGUCAGCUUUUCCUGUCAGCUACCCCAUAGCUCUAGGCGUAGUGCAUGCUGACUAUUCCAGACACGUGGAGACAGAACCAAACAGCCCUGGGACAAGAUCAUUGGUACGAACGGGGCUUACCCCUGUGGGCCGGGAGGCAGAUGUUUGAGAUCAUAGUUCGCUGGCAGUCUGUCACAGGGUGUCUUCAAUAAUACCGAAAUGCCCUGAAAGUUUUCUUUUUAAAUUAAAUGUAAAGAAUUAGUAUACAACAGAUAAUUAUGGCUAACUUAUUUAGUUUUUACUAAAUGCUCCAUGUCCAUCUUUUUAAAACUCAUGUCCAUUUUAUAAAUAAGGAAAUAGAAGCUCAGAGAAGGUAGGUAAUUUCUUUGAGGUCAUCCUUUUUAAGUGGCAGAAGGAAGGUUCAAACCUAGGUACCUUCAGUCAGCAUCCACGGUGUUGGGCACUGUUCUGGGCACCGCAGGUCCAGCGGUGAGCAGAGGGCUCUGCUGGUUUGAAGCACUCAACCCUGAUUCCUCAGGAGACUCGGUGGGUUGUCCAAGAGCGCCCAGCCAGCUGACGGCAGGUCUGGGGGCACGUGUGACCACUACACUGUAUUCUUUUCAUCGCUCUAGCUGCUUCUCAAAACAACCCUGCCGAAAGUAACUGCUCAAGUGAUAAAGAUUGGUUGGGGGGCUUAGAGGAUCCAAUGACCAAUUCUUAUUUUGGGCUGUUUUCUGUUAAAAACGUGUCUCUUUUUGUUAGCCUCAGAUACUCUACUAAGAAAGACCCAAAGGAUGCCUUUUUCUCCCUCACGUUUUCAGAGCCACCUUAGCUAAAAUUUUAAUGAGUUUAGAAGCAAGCCUCAUAUUUCCAAACCCCUCCAGAAGGCCAGUCCUGUUUUGAGCUGAUGCUGUGGCACAAAGGAAAAUUUCCUGAUUUGGUGUCUUGCUUAGCACCUGCGUAUCCCUCCUCACUCACUCCUCCUGUGUAAAAGUUUGGUGUUUACUUUUCAAGCUGCCUGCUUUUUGACUAUGGAGUAUACAGGUUUCUUUCAGGUUGGAAAUUUGGAAGGUGAUUAUAGAAAUUAUUCUCUGUAGUAGAUAAUUCUCCAGAAAGCUUUCUAGGCUGAACACUUGAUUCUGUGGAUUUAGAUUUCCUUUUGAUGGCUAGAAUUGGUUUCUGUGUGUGUAACAAGUGCCUGAGAAACCACUUCAGUGCAUGCUAAAUGGCUGUUUCCUAGAAUUGUUAAUCAGAACUUAUGCAGUGACGAUCUGGCUAUCUAGUAUCAAUCGGCCGAGUUAGUAUUCCUGAGGAGUGAGCAAACACGUAGUUCUAAGUUUUGUGAGGGACCCUAUCCCCAAACAUCACUAUUUACUGAACUUCCCAGCUUCCUCUUGCAGGGAGACUCCCUGUGUGUGCUCCCACCUCUGCAGGUCACACCAUUUUCUCAGAGGGCGUGCAGCAUUAAAUGAUAACCAGGCUUUAGGGAGCACCUCUGGUGGGCCUACUGGGCAGCAGACAUUCUAACGGAACACUCUGAGAUUGUAAGUUCUUGCACCUGCUCUCCAGUCAUUUAUAACCUAAUUGCUGGUCUUCCUGGUAUGAACAAAGUUGUUUGCUUGUUAAUAAAUUCCUACCGUAUGA